AUGGCGCGUAAAGGGCAAAUUGUUAUACAAGACUCUGUUGAAACUAAUGAGGAGUUUGAGGAAUAUUUGGCAGCUCAUUAUAAUCAGCUGAUAUGUAUGGAAGUAUAUUCCGACUUCUGUGGUCCGUGUCUAGCAACCGGUAACGCUAUCAGGAAAGGCAAAUUAGAAAUUGGUCAGGACAAUAUAGCUAUGGUCAAGAUGGGAAAACUGACACGGGCAAUGUUUGGCGCUAACGGAAUCGAAUUAGGUCGCCUCAUCGUGGAGGAGUUGGGUCUGCUUCAAGCGGAAUUGGAGACUGGUUUGUUGCGGGCUAAACAGGAGAUUUCUGAAAUGCUUCCUGAAGAAUCGGCAAAAAGAGAAGUGGAUGCAAAGUUACAAGAGGAAACUCGAGAGGCAAGGGAACGCUUGCGCAUGCUGACGCUGGCUGCCAGGAAGAAGAGAAUAGCAGAGAGGCUGGCACGCCACGUGCGCCGUCUCAACUACAUCAUGUACUGGCCGCACUGCCAUCGGGCUCACAUCGAUCUGUACGAGAAGUGGGAUCACAUCAGGGCAAAGGAAUUAGUUCAACUGACGGAAGAGGGCGUAAAGGAGGUGUUAUACAUGAGUGACGUGGAACCGAAUGAGGCCUGCCUGCACGCGCUAAUGGAUGGCGAGGUGUUGGUCGUACUUUUCAAGAUGUUCGACACCGAUAACCGAGAUUUCGUCAGGAUCCGUGUACCCUCUUCUGGGCUUGUAAUAUCAAAGAUCUUCUACAUUAGAUUAGGGCUACUGCGACACGCUCUAUACGAAGAAAUUCCAGUGCCAAAGGAAGACGUUCCGCCAGAGAAGCAGGUGCCUCUCGUACCGGCGUACGAGCGCUACGCAGCUGUUAGUAAAACUGCUCGAGAAGUACGCAGGGAACGGUACGAGGCCAAGAUGCAAAAGUUGCGGGAAGAAAGAGAAGAAAGAGAACGCCUAGCGGCAGAACAGGCGCGUUUGGCUCGGGAGGCCGAGGAGGAGAGACUUCUGAAGGAGAAGCAGCGUCAAGAAGAGGAACGUAUGGCUAGAAUACAAGCAGGGUUACCAGCAGAUCCUGAACCUGAGGCACCAAAUGAAGAAGUUGCUGAAGAAGUCGUAGAAGAAAAAGUCGUAGCAGAAGAAGUCGUAAAAGAAGAAGUCGUAGAAGAAGUUGUAGAAGAAGAAGUUGUUCGUGAAGAACCCACUGAAGAAGAAGCAGAACAAGAGAAAGUUGAGGAAGAGGAAGAAUUCCACUCUGACGUAUCUGUAGAGGGAGAGGACUACAUUCCUCCGGGUGGUCUUUUCGUGCCAGGUCUUUAUACACCACCCAAUGAUCUGGCUAAGGCUAAUGGUCUUGCUUUCUUCUUUCCUAAACUGAUCCAAGACAUAACUGCAUCACAAUUAGAGUCGGAAUUCCUGCCACCGCAUGUGCUUGUGAUGUUCCCCAUAGAUAAGCGUCACGAGGUCCGCGAAGCUAUGCAGCAAUUUCCGGCCGACGUACUCUAUGUUGCGCGAGACGAUGUACGCUCUAUAGGGGACGCUCAUCGACAAACCUGCGAGCGGCUUAUACUUGAGCUUAGUAUUGAUAGUAUACUCGAGAUUGACACGUUACCACACGUUGAUCAAAUGAUUGAUACCUUUCGCUCAUGA